ACAAUCAACAGCUGUAUCAAUCAUCGAACCAAUUAAUAUUAAUUUUAAUAUACAUUUAUCACAAACAAAUGAACAACGUGUAUUUGAAGUUAAUUUACCACAAUUAUUCAUACGUUUAUCAUAUUCCGAUGUUAAAUUAAUGUUAUAUAUGUUUCAAUCAAUAACAAAACAAGUUCAUCAAGCACAAUCACGUGAUAUAAUACCAGAAUAUAAAAUUUAUCAACCAACACGACGUGUAUCAGUUGAUAAUGAACUUUUAAUUGAAUAUUGUCCGGAAGAUAGUCAAGUUGAUUUUCGUAUACGUUCAACAAUAGCACCAACUAUUAGUGAACAACAACGACAAAUAUCAUUGAUAGAAAAUACGAAUGAAAAAACUUCGAAAUUAUUUUUAAAUAUUCAUUCAAUGAAAUUUUCAUGUGAACAAAUAAGUCUUUGUUUAAUCGAUGAUUGUCUUAAUGCAAAUAUUCCAUUAUUAAAUUUAACAUUUAAAACAAUAAAAUUAAAUAUUAUUGAAUAUGAAACAUAUCGUUUACAACAAGCUGAUUUACAAUUUAAUAUUGAUUAUUAUAAUCGUUUAUUAUCUGGAUAUGAACCAUUUAUUGAAUUAUGGUCAUUACAAGUAACAUUGAAAACAUCAGAUAAUUUAACAUCAUUAGCUAUUUGUUCAAAUCAUUUAUUAAAUAUAAAUUAUACGAAAACAAUGCAUCAAUUAUAUGAUUUAGUUAAAAAUAAUUGGCUUGAAGAUUAUUAUAAUACAAAUGAUAUUAGUAAAGAACAUAUGUAUUUUCGUCGACCAAAACCAUUUGAACCGUAUUGUUUUAAAAAUCUUGUUGGACAACGUGUUAUAUUUCGUACAUGGUUAUCAACACAACAACGUUUUGAUUUAAAUGAUCAUAUUGUUGAAUAUAAUGAUACAAAAUCAUUUAUAUUUCCCAGUGAAUCAACAAUAACACCAGGAACAAAAGUUAAUACAAUUAAAGAUAUACAGUCAUCAACAUCAUCAUCCUAUUCUGAUCGACGUUUAUUAAUACAAAUUGAAGGUUGGGAAUGGUUACAACCAAUAUCGAUUGAUCGUGUUGGAACUUUUUUUCGACUUGCUUUACCAUCAGGUGAUCGAUUACAAAAACCGGUACUAGUUUUCAUUGAUGUAACUAUGACAGAUAGUUCAAUGCGUUCAAUAACAAUUCGAUCAGCGAUUGAAAUACGUAAUCAAUUAUUAACAUCUGUUGAUGUUCGAUUAAAAUGUGGAUCAGGUUCAUUACAUGAUAUUCGUUUAGAACCAAAUGAAAUUCGUUCAUUACCAUUACAAUUUUGUCCAACUAUAAGACAAUUUCAAGUACGACCAGCAGAUUUUGCAUUUAAUUAUUGUGGUGAACCUAUUAAUUGGAUGGAAAUUUCUAAUGAACAAAGACGAAGAGGACAACCAAAUGAUGAAAAUGAUGAAAAUACUUCAACUGCAGAAACAAAUUCUUUGCAACGGCAACGCGAUAUAAAUUCAACUGAUCGCUUAUCAUUUUUCCGUACAUGUUUUAUAAAUGGAAAUGAUUCAGUUUAUUAUUUAUGUGUACAAUCAAAACGAACACGUUUACUUGCAUUUAGAGAACAUAUUCUAUCAGCAUAUCAAUUAUCAAUAUUACCACCAUUAAUUAUAAAUAAUUUACUUCCAUGUGAUCUAUUUUUUCAAAUACAUUCACAUCCACAAAAAGUUCGACUUAAUCCAUAUAAAUCUCAUCGUGAACAUACGUUAAAUAUAGGUCAAGCUAUUGAUAUUUUUUUUGCGACAGAUAUUUAUAAUAUGACUAAACCAUUACAUGUACCAUCAAUAAAUGAUUUAAAUCUUAUGAAAUAUCAUCAUCAAAAAGUUAUUUUAUAUGAUAGUAUUCAACGAAUGUUAUUAGUUGAUGUUACUAUUGUUUGUUCUAUUCGACAUCGAUUAAAAAUAUCUGUUUCUGUUCCUUAUGUUUUACUUAACAAGAGUGGUAUUCCAUUGAUUUUUAAACAGGAUGGUUCUUUAAAUGAAGCAGCUAGUCAAACACAUGAACAUGAAUUAGCUCGAAAUCGUGAACCAUUAUUAUUUUCAUAUAGUGAUUCAGAAGCUUCUCAUGCUUGUGUUAUGAAAGUUGGUUCAGGUUUACAUAAAAGUGAUGAUGGCCGUCCAUUAUGGUCACAACGUUUUAGUUUAGAACGUGGUUCAAGUUAUCGUCAAUUACAUGUUCGUUCUCCUCAUGGUUCACCUGAUUGGAUUUAUUAUAUUGGAAUUGAUGUUCGACAAGGUAAAGGACGUUUACGUCGAACAAAUUUUAUUUUUUUGAGUACACGUUAUAUGAUAAGUAAUCAAUGUUCAUAUGAUUUAUCCAUUGCACAACGACAUAUUGUUCGAGCUAUGUUACAAACGGGUGAUCAUAGUAAUUUAGAACAAAAUUGUUUAAAUGUGUUAAAAAAUUCAUUAGUUGCUUAUCAUUGGCCAAGAAGUGAUCUCGAUCAACUUUUAUGUGUUCGUGUUAUUAAUAAUAGUCAAUAUCGACAUGUUUAUUGGUCCGGUGGUUUUUUAAUUGAUCGUGUUAAUGCAUUUCAUAUUAAUUUAAGAUAUGAUAAUAAUCAAUGUUUAAUAUUAAGAGUACAAGUUAUUGAACGUGGUGGUACAUUUUUUGUUGUUUUCAUGGAUUCCAAUCAAAUGCCAGCACCUCUUCGUGUUAGUAAUCUAUCUGAUGUUCCUAUACAAUUUUAUCAAAGUGAAACACGAGAAGAAUUAACUUAUUUACGUGCAUUUAUUCAACCACAUCAAUCGAUUGAUUAUGCAUGGGAUGAACCAACACUUCGACAGACAAUAACAUGUUCUAUUGUUGGUGGUACAAAAGAAACUUAUGAUUUACAAAAAUUUGGUCAUGGAGAAAAUUUAUGUUAUGAAAAUCAUAUAUGUCUAGCAUUUGAACAAACAUUUCAAGAAGAACAAACAACACAAUAUCCA